GUAAGUUAUAAUGAAAUGAAUCGUGCUCAGCCGGCUUUCGUGUUGAGCUCUCAGUUGCGUGUUGAUAUUGCUAGAGCGUACUCGCGCCAUUUUGUUUUUCAAAACAAGUGUUUGUUCAAGUAUAUUGUGGACGAUAACUAGAUAGCUACCAUGAAUAUCGUGCCCGUCGGACCUGAACCUUCCCAGAUCACGUGCCCAUCGUGUCGGGCGACCAUCGUCACGAGGGUCGAGAGGAAAGCCACCACCAAGACUCAUGUCAUCGCACUGCUGUUGUGUUUGUUCCUUUGUUGGCCGUGCGUCUGCGUUCCUUACUGCACGAACUCGUGUCAGAACGCCGAUCACUACUGCCCUAACUGCAGUUCCUACUUAGGAACGUACCAACGAUAGUUCACUACAGAUCUUC